GAGACAACUCAGCAUCACCAUAGCGAAUGGUGGCUGUCCAAUGUCACUAUAUAUGCUGCUUUGCAUGGAAGAAAGAGAGAGAAAAGCAAAGAAAUUUUACACAAAUCACAUCUCUUCUGUGAUCAUUCUAGAGAAAUUAAGACUCUUUAGUGGCUUUCUCUACAAGCAAAUUCAAAUUCAACUAUGAUAUUUUCUUCUUCUAGGGUUCCAAAUUUCUCGUUUUCAUUUCACUCCACACCAUGAUUCCCUUCUCCAACCACAAUCAGUCUUCCCGCCACCGCCAAUUCCGGCCUCCUCCGCUGCUCAACCACAAUCACCCGCGCCAACCCCGACCCCAACCCCGUUUAUUUUUUGUCAAACUCCUUUCCAACCACCAUCGUAGUGGUGACCGUACGCUUUCAGUUGACUCUAUUGUCUCCGAAUGCAAUCCCAAACCUUGCAAAGUUCAAAUCAGGACCUCUGGUACAGUUGCUGCCAGCCUCUUUUUUGAGCACCAGGCUGACGCUCUCGAUGCCGUCGUUUCCCUCUGGGAGCGCCGGCUUGCUGGGGACCAUCUGUUUACUCCGGUGGUUGGUUUUAAUGUCGACGAUGAUUUUAAUGAGAGACUUAGAAGUUUGUUCCAAUUGCAUGUGGAGAAGCUUCUACAAGGGCAGUCUGUGGGGAAAUUGGAGAGUAAGGUGAAUGAUUUGCUUGUUGAGAUUGAUAAGUUUGCGUGCUUCUUUAGAAAGGCUAGGGACCUUCGAGCUUUCUGUGAGGCUGAUGGAAAGAAGAAGCGGUUGGUGGAAGAGAAGGAUCUAAUUUUGAAUAGGAUUGAGGAGUUUAAGUGCGCAGUGAAGUGUGUGAUGGAUCAUCUGGAGGGGAAGGAGGUUGAGGAUUUGGCCGUUUUGGGGUUUAAAAUUGGCAAGGGUUUUAAUUGGCAUAAAAUACAUAGUUUGCUAUUGAGAGAGUCUAAGCGUCUUGAAGAUGGGUUGCCGAUAUAUGGUUAUAGAAGGGAGAUUUUGCAGCAAAUACAUUUGCAGCAGGUAAUGGUCUUGAUUGGAGAGACAGGUUCAGGGAAGAGUACGCAGUUGGUACAGUUUCUUGCUGAUUCUGGGGUUGCUUCCAGUGGUUCAAUUUUGUGUACUCAGCCUCGCAAAAUUGCUGCAAUUUCCCUUGAAAAAAGGGUUGGUGAAGAAAGCAUUGGAUGUUAUGAGGAUAAUUCAAUUGUCUGCUAUCCAACUUAUUCAUCUGCACAGUGUUUUAAUUCCAAGGUAAUAUAUAUGACUGAUCACUGUCUAUUGCAGCACCUUAUGAAAGAUAGGACUCUGUCUGGAGUUUCAUGCAUUAUUAUAGACGAGGCCCAUGAAAGAAGCUUGAAUACUGAUCUUCUGUUGGCCUUGAUUAAAGAAUUGCUUAUUGAGAGGGGUGACCUAAGGCUUAUUAUAAUGUCUGCAACAGUUGAUGCCAGCAAAUUAUCAGAAUACUUCUUUGGUUGUAGAACCUUUUAUGUGUUGGGGAGAAGCUUUCCUAUUCAAAUCAAAUAUGUUCCUGGUGACUCUGGAGGCUCUUCUGGCCCCUUGCCCAGUGCUAUUGCUCCAUAUGUUUCUGAUGUUGUUAAAAUGGCUAUCGAGAUCCAUCAAGUGGAGAAAGAGGGGGCAAUUCUUGCGUUUUUGACUUCUCAGCUGGAGGUAGAAUGGGCUUGUGAAAAGUUUCAGUCUCCCUCAGCAAUUGCAUUGGCACUACAUGGAAAGCUUUCCCAUGAAGAGCAAUGUCGUGUUUUCCAGAAUUAUCCUGGGAAGAGAAAAGUUAUUUUUGCUACCAAUUUGGCAGAGACAUCCUUGACUAUUCCUGGGGUCAGGUAUGUGGUUGAUUCUGGAAUGGUUAAGGAAAGCAAGUUUGAACCUACAUCUGGUAUGAAUGUCCUCAGGGUUUCCAAGAUUAGCCAGAGUUCUGCUAAUCAACGAGCUGGUCGUGCUGGUCGAACGGAACCUGGAAAAUGUUACCGGCUUUACUCGGAAUCUGAUUACCAGUCAAUGGAUUUCCAUCAAGAACCUGAAAUUCGUAAAGUUCACCUUGGUAUUGCAGUUUUGAGGAUUCUUGCAUUGGGUAUUAAGAAUGUGCUGGAAUUUGAUUUUAUUGAUGCUCCUAGUGCAAAGGCAGUUGACAUGGCCAUCAGGAACCUUCUGCAGUUAGGUGCUGUUGGCCGCAGAGAUGAUGCUUUUGAAUUGACUUCAGAUGGGCAUUACUUGGUUAAGUUGGGUAUUGAACCUCGACUUGGGAAGAUUAUUCUUGAAAGCUGCCGUUGUGGUCUGCGUAAAGAAGGUGUUGCUCUUGCUGCUGUUAUGGCAAAUGCAAGUAACAUAUUUUGCAGAGUUGGUACCAAUGAUGACAAACAAAAAUCAGAUUGCCAUAAGGUGCGAUUCUGCCACCGUGAUGGUGAUCUCUUCACAUUGCUUACUGUCUACAGGGAAUGGGAAAGUGUAUCUCCAGAUGAUAGAAAUAAGUGGUGUUGGAACAAUAGCAUCAAUGCCAAAACUAUGCGAAGAUGCAAAGAGACAGUGCAAGAGUUAGAGAACAGUUUAAAAAAUGAAUUUAGCAUCAUUAUACCAACUUACUGGCUUUGGAGUCCUUAUGUUGUCUCAGCGCAUGAUAAAAAUAUGAAGAGAAUUAUACUUUCUUCACUAGCAGAUAAUGUAGCCAUGUACUCUGGAUAUGAUCGCCUUGGUUAUGAGGUGGUUUUGAGUGGGGAAUAUGUUCAACUUCAUCCUUCAUGUUCGCUGCAAGUGUAUGGCCAAAAGCCAAACUGGGUUGUCUUUGCUGAACUCUUAUCUGUAUCAAGUCAAUAUUUGGUCUGUGUUACUGCAGUUGACUUUGAUUGUUUGUCUGCAUUUAGUCCUCCUUUAUUUGACCUUUCGAAGAUGCAGAGUAAAAAAUUGCAGUUGAGGGUGAUCAGAGGAUUUGGCAGUAUUAUUUUAAGAAGGUUCUGUGGAAAGUCAAAUAAUAGCUUGCUCUCUCUUCUGUCUCGCAUACAGACAAAAUUGAAGGAUGAGCGGAUAGGUAUUGAAAUGAAUGUGGAUAGUAAUGAGAUUCUAUUAUAUGCAUCUGUACAAGACAUGGAAAAGGUGAAUGGCCUUGUUGUUGAUGCAUUAGAAUAUGAAGUAAAAUGGUUAAGAAAUGAGUGCCUGGAGAAGUGCUUGUAUCAUGGGGGACGAGCUGGUGCUUCUCCACCAGUAGCGCUUCUUGGAGCUGGUGCGGAAAUUAAGCAUCUGGAGUUGGAAAGUAGAAAUUUGAGUGUGGACGUGUUCCUUUCAAAUACAAAUGGUGCAGACGACAAGGAGGUCUUGGCAUUCAUUGAAAAAUCAGUGCCUGGGGUGUGUGGUUUUCACAGAUUUGCAGGAAGUGGACAGGAUAGUGACGAUUUGGAGAAGUGGGGCAGGGUAACAUUUCUUACUCCUGAAGCAGCUGGGAAAGCACUAGAGUUAAAUGGAUUUGAGUUAUCUGGUUCUUUACUUAAGUUGUCACCUGCUAGAUCAUCUGUUGGAAGUGGUAAUAAAUUAUCAUCAUUUGCAGCUGUAAAAGCCAAAGUCACUUGGCCACGAAGGUACAGUAAAGGUUAUGCUGUUAUUAGAUGUGAAAGGAAUGAUGCUGAGCAUGUUGUUGCAGAUUGCUUUAAUCUGCUGAUUGGAGGCAGGAUAGUUCAUUGUGAGCUGAGCCAAAAGGAUAUAAACUGUGUUAUUAUCAGAGGAUUGGAUAGAGAUACUUCUGAAUUGGAAAUACUUGAAGUUCUGCAAAUGCACACAACUAAGAGAAUUUUGGAUGUAUUCCUGAUACGAGGUGAUGCCGUAAAUAAUCCUCCUCUUGGUGCUUGUGAGGAAGCAAUUCUCAAGGAAAUUGCUCCAUUCAUGCCUAACCAGGGUCCUUUGAGCAAUUGCUGUCAUGUUCAGGUAUUCUACCCUGAGCCAAAGGAUACUUUUAUGAAGGCGUGGAUAACCUUUGAUGGGAGUCUACAUCUGGAGGCUGCAAAAGCCUUGCAACAUAUUCAAGGGAAGGUACUUGCUGGUUGUUUAUCAUGGCAGAAAAUGCAGUGCCAGCGGAUUUUCCAUAGUUCUGUGUCAUGCCCUGCUCCUGUUUUUGCAUUCAUUGAGAGGCAGCUAAACUCUUUGCUCAAAAGGUUAACGCGUCGACCUGGUGUUCAUUGCAGUUUAGAAAGGAAUGAAAAUGGUUCCUAUAGAGUGAAGAUAUCUGCUAAUGCUACGAAGACGGUAGCAGAGUUGAGGAGGCCACUGGAGCAGCUAAUGAAGGGAAAGACAGUCGAUCAUGGUUGCCUCACUCAAGCAGUUCUGCAGCUUCUUUUUUCCAGAGAUGGCAGAUUGCUUAUGAAGUCACUGCAACAAGAAAUGGGAACUUACAUUCUCUUUGAUAGGCAGAACCUCAAUGUUAGGAUCUUUGGUCCAGAGAACAAAGUUGUUCUUACCGAACAGAAGUUUGUACAAUCCCUUUUGGCACUCCAUGAUAACAGGCAAAUAGAUAUCCCUCUUCGAGGUGGAGUUAUGCCACAUGAUCUUAUGAAAAAAGUUGUUGAGAAGUUUGGAUCUGACUUGCAUGUGCUAAAAGAGAAGUUCCCUGAGGCUGCAUUUAUGCUUAACACGAGGCGCCAUGUCAUUUCUUUCAGUGGUAAAGGGGAUCUGAGGCAAAGAGUGGAGGAUGUAAUUCAUGAUUUUGCACGAUCUCUUAGUGUCAGCGGAACUGCUGAACAACCUGGAGAAGCAGCUGCUACCUGCCCUGUUUGCUUGUGUGAAGUUGAGGACUGUUACCAGCUUGAGGCUUGUGCACAUAAGUUCUGCCGGUCUUGCUUGGUUGAACAAUUAGAGUCAGCAAUGAGAGGACAUGAUGGUUUCCCUGUACACUGUGCCCAUGAAGGUUGUGGGGUGCGCAUUUGGCUAACGGAUUUGAAGUCCCUUCUGCCAUGUGAAAGGUUGGAGGAUCUUUUCAGAGCCUCUUUGGGGGCAUUUGUUGCAUCUAGUGGGGGCACUUACAGGUUUUGCCCCUCUCCUGACUGUCCUUCUGUUUACCGGGUAUCAGGCACUGAGAUGGUUGGAGGUCCAUUUGUGUGUGGAGCAUGCUAUGCAGAGACAUGUACGAGGUGUCACUUGGAGUAUCAUCCAUGUGUGUCAUGUGAAAGAUACAAAGAGUUCAAGGAGGAUCCUGAUUUGUCCUUGAAGGACUGGUGCAAGGGAAAAGAGAAUAUUAAGAGCUGUCCAGUUUGCGGGUAUAUAAUUGAGAAGGUGGAUGGCUGCAACCACAUUGAGUGUAGAUGUGGCAAACACAUCUGCUGGGUCUGCUCAGAAUCUUUUAGCAGUAGUGAUGAGUGCUAUGGGCACUUGAGGCUUGUACAUCUCACUAUAAUAUGAAGACUAAGCUAACUAUACAAUGGUAAUGGUAACCUUCCUCCUUGUACAUAUAUCUAUAUAUUCAUAUCAAUACUUAGCAUAUGUGAUCUAGGUGCAUCUGCAUAUUAGUUGUCAUUCAGUAUUGUUAUUCAGCGCACUUUGCCCCGUCUGCUCAACAAUAACCACUUCACCGUGAGUUCAAUAGAUGGUUUUUUGCUCCA